AUGUCGCAGUCCACUAAGAUCACUUCGCUGGAGGUGGAGAGGAGAGGCAGACAGUUCUUGCAUUGCCUCCGAAUUCCCACUUUCUGCCUUCCGAUCUCCCUUUCUUGCCUCCCUGUUCCGAUCUUCCCUUCCCUCUUUCCCCAUUUCCCCUUGCCUUCCCGCAUCCCCAAUUCCCCUUUCCUCCACCGCAAUUCCCCUUCCCGUGUCAUGAUUACCCCUUCCCGCCUCCCUGGUUUUCCUUCCCGCCGCGCAUUUCCCCUUUCUGCCUCCCCGAUUCCCAUUCCCGCUCCCAGUAUCCCCUUCACACAUUUGCGUUUUCCCUUCCCGCACCCCAUUUCCCCUUCCCGCACCCCAUUUCCCCUUCCCGCCUCCCCGUUUCGCAUUCCCGCUCCCCGUUUCCUCUUCCCACAUUCGCGUUUCCCCUUCACGGUCCCCAUUACCCCUUCCCACCUCCCCGUUUCCCCUUCCCGCUCCCCGUUUCCCCUUCCCGCUCCCCGUUUCCCCUUCUCGCUCCCCGUUUCCCCAUCCCACCUUCCCGUUUCCCCUUCCCGCUCCCCAUUAUCCCUUCCCGCUCCCCGUUUCCCCUUCUCGCUCCCCGUUUCCCCAUCCCACCUUCCCGUUUCCCCUUCCCGCUCCCCAUUAUCCCUCCCCGCCUCCCCGUUUCCCCUUCUCGCCUCCUCGUUUUUCCUACCCGCCUCCCCGUCUCCCUCUCGUUUCUCCACCUUCUCCCUCUCGAUUCCCCCCUUCCUCCUCUCGUUUACCCCCCUCCCCCCUCUCAUGUCCCCCCUUUCUCCUUCUCAUUUUUCGCCAUUCUCCCCCUCAUUCCCCCCCCCCGUUCUCAAUCUCACUUCCCCCCUUUCUCCCUCCCAUUUCCCCGGAUGUGCCCCCUCAUUCCCCCCCCCUCCCCUUUCCCCCUCUCGUUUCCCCCCCAUUCACCUGCUCAUUUCCUCCCCUUCUGCCUCCUAUUGCCCCAUUCGCUGCCUCUCAUUUUCGCCCCUUCUCCCUCUCAUUCACCCCCCCUUCUCCCUCUCGUUUCCCCACCUUCUCCCUCUCGUUUCCCCCUCCCCCCUCUCGUCUACCCCUCUCCCCCCUCUCAUGUCCCCCCUUUCUCCUUCUCAUUUUUCCCCAUUCUCCGUCUCAUCCCCCCCCCCCCCCUUCUCAAGCUCACCUACCCCCUUUCUCCCUCUUAGCUCCUCUCUUCCUACGCCCUGCUUCCCCCUUUACUCUCUCGUCCCUACACCCUUCAUUCCCCUCUCCGCUCUCUGCCUUAUACCCUUCUACCUCCUUUCCCCUCUCUGUCUUACACCCCUCUUGAUCUAUUCUCCACUCUGCCUUACUCCCUUCUUCCACCUUUCCCCUCUCUACUCCACACCCUUCUUCUCCCACCAUGCGUUCUCCCCCUUAUAUCCUGCUAAACCCCAUUUCCCUCUCUUCCCUACACCCUGCUUCCCCCUCUCUCUUCUCUGCCUUACGCCCUGCUUUCCCCUUUCCCCUAUCUUCCCUACACCCUUCUUCCCUCUUUCUACCCGCGCUGCUUCCCUUUUUCCCUAUCUCCCUUUCCCUCUUUCACCCUGCUUCUCCCGUACCCCUCUUCCGUACCCCCUUCUGCCCCCACCUUGCGUCCUCUCUUUUUACGCCCUGCUUCCCUCUGUCCCCUCUCUGCCUUACGCCCUUUUUCCCCCUCUCUCCACUCUGCUUUACCCCCCGCUUCCCCGUUACCCCUAA